AUGAGAAUCAAGAAUCUGGCUUGGGUUAUCGGUUCCACCUCCCAAUCAUCCAAGUAUACUUGGGCAAUAAACACAAUCAAAGGUGAAGAUGAUGCUGUUUGGCCGUAUUUGAGGAACAUUGGUUUGGACAAGUGGACUUUAAGGCACGACUCGGCGCUUCGUCGUUGGGGUAACUUAACGACAAACAUUGCCGAAUGCCAAAACAAUAUCCUUGGUAAGGCUCGAAUGCUACCUAUUAGAGCUUUAAUUGAAAGCACUUUUACUUGGACAAGAGACCAUUUUGUCAGCCAAUACCGGAAGGCAAGUAGCUGGAACCCACCACUAGCUCGCAAAAUGUGGCAGGUUUAUCAGAUGCGUGAACGAGCGUCAACAAGCCAUAGAGUGGAAGUGUUUGAUGAACGAACAGGUAAUUACACGGUCAGAACAAACCAAAGAAAUGCACAAGGCGAGUACACAUACAAUGUUGUCAUGGGGGAGAAUAGGAAAAAAUGCUCUUGUGGAGCUUGGCAGCAUCAAAGGUUUCCAUGUUCUCAUGCCAUUGCUGUUUGCGGGUAUAGACAAGAGAGAGCUGCUAAUCUUCCAAGUAAAAGGUACACAACUAGGACAUGGAUAAAUCAGUAUAAUGCUACACUUUCUCCCCUUCGAGAGGUGAAUUACUGGGCGCCGGUAGAUUGGCAGAUUCAGGGAGACCCUGAAAAACUGGUCACGCAAAGGGGUAGGAGACGCACCAGACGGUACCGGAAUGAGAUGGAUGAGAGUUCUACGAGCAGAUCUUCAAUCUCAAGACAACAAGCUAGAUGUGGUAUUUGCGGUCAAUUAGGCCAUAACAGGAAGACAUGCCCUAAAAUUUGA